AUGUUGUCUCCGCUCCGCUGGGGGGUGUGCUCCCUCCGUGCUGGUCGUCUCCCGUCCAUCCGCCGAGUGAGCCACUCGGCCCCCUCCCGACGAGAAACCGAGCAUAUCUUCCCCUUGCCCCACCGGCAGUUGGCCGUUGAGGAGCGGUUCCCAUUGUCGACCCUCGACUUGAUCAUCACGCAGAAUUACAGCACCUGGGCCCUGAUCUUCAAGCUCGACCAACCGAGCGAUAUCCCCGUCGUCACCCAGACACUGCGGUAUGCUGUGCAAGCCACGCUUGCGCAAUGCCGCCACAUGGUGGGCACCAUCGAGGGGAAUGCGCAGGGCGACUUUUCCAUCGUGAAAAAGCCCGACAGCACAGUCCCCUUCGUUGUUAACCAUCUCGACGGCCCCUCCUACGCCGAGAUCGAACAGGCAAACUUUGCGUCGGCCAGCCUGGGGGACCCGGCGCAGUUUACGAUCCCCGGCAUGACGAUGGCGUGCCACUGCCCGCCGAACGCGAGCCCGCGCAUCUCCGGGUACCAACUGACCUUCAUCCCGGGAGGGUUCGUCUUCACCGUGCACAAGCACCACUUCGCCAUGGAUGUCACAGGCACUACCAGCCUCAUCCACCAGAUCGCCGGGCAUAGCCACGCCCUCCUGCGCGGCACGCCUCCCCCGGAAUGGAACGAGGCCUGGAUGGACCGUGCACGAUUCAUAUCCCCGCCCGUUGCUGAGGCCGAUCGGGUGGCCGCCCCGCCGGCCGCCCCACGGCAUCCCGACUGGCUGCCGUGUUCGUGGUUGCUCUUCCACAUCCCGCAGGGCCAGCUAGACGCCCUUAAGCGCCAGGCCAGCCCGACCACGGGCGGAUGGAUCUCCACCUACGAUGCGCUGACGGCAUUCCUGUGGCGGGUGCUGUCCCGAAACCGCGCCCAGAUCUACCGCCCCGAUCUCUCCGCGCCCGCUGUCUUCCUCGAGUCCAUCAACAUGCGCCGCCGGUUGAACCCCCCGCUCUCAAUGCGCUACCAGGGCAACGUCCUUAGCGGCGGGCUCUCCUUCCUCCACCCCCGACCGCUCACGCUGGGUCAAGUCAUCUCGCCGGAGACUCCGCUGGCCGUCCUGGCCACCUUCAUCCGCGAAAUCACCCAGAGCGUCACCCCGCAGUCCCUCGAGGCCACCCUGGCGGCUAUGGCACCCAUACGUGAUAAAUCCGCCCUGAAUGUCCGCCUCGACUCUGUGCCCCCAAUGUCGCUUGCGGUCACAGAUUGGCGCGAUGCCAACAUGUGUGCCGUCGAUUUCGGUUUUGGCCGACCGGCGGCGGCUCGUCAGAUUGCCGACACCGUCGUGGAGAACAUGAUGAUGAUCUAUCCACGGCGGUCGGCGGGGACAGAGGAGGAGGGCGGCCUGGAGGUUGUGUUGCCGUUUGAGACGGACCAUGUGGGUCUGCUGCUAGCGGAUGAGGAGAUGGGGCGGGUGGCCAGCUUUCGAGGGGUCGAGGCUAGGGCGGGAUAG